UUUCUAUCAAACAAACGUCAUUUUUACUUUCUAUGACUUCAAGAGGGCAGGGCCAGGCUGCAUUAAGUUUUAUCUGUGGAAAAAUAAAUUAAUUAAAAUAAAAGAAAAAAAAUCUGCAUAUAUUUUUAUUAGGGGAAAUGUGUUAGGCUAGAAAAAUACAAUGGAUGUGUUCAAAAUUAUAAGCAACCAAUUUUGGUCAACAAAAAUAUGGUUACCCCCCAAUACAACUUGGGCAGAUAUUGCACCUGGAUCAAGACCCGAUGUUAGACAUGCUGACUAUAGAGAUUUGAUAUGGCCAUUGCCAUUAGCAGUUGUAAUGCUUUUCUUAAGGUAUGUCGUUGAAAAAUAUUGGGUGGCUCCAAUAGGUAAAUCCUUAGGCAUUAAGUCCACACGUCCAAAGAAAGCAACUCCAAAUGAGACAUUAGAAAAAGCUUACCAAAAAAGAAACAGGUUGACGCAUAAAAUGGUUGCUGGCUUAGCAAAACAGAAUGAUAUGAAGGAGCGACAAAUCGAAAGGUGGUGGAGAUUAAGAAGAGCUCAAGAUAAACCAACAACAUUAGUAAAAUUCUGUGAGAAUUCUUGGAGAUGUUUAUAUUAUUUAUUCAGCUUCGUAUAUGGUAUCAUUAUCCUGUCAGAUAAACCAUGGUUUUGGGAUAUAAAACAUUGUUGGUAUGGAUACCCACAUCAGUCAAUCUCAAAUGAUAUUUGGUGGUAUUAUAUGAUUUCAAUGUCAUUUUAUUGGGCCUUAACUUUUUCACAAUUUUCUGAUGUUAAAAGAAAAGAUUUUUGGCAAAUGUUUGUCCAUCAUGCAGUUACAUUACUUUUAAUGGCUUUAAGCUGGGUUUGUAAUUUGCAUCGUGUGGGCUCAUUGGUGCUAGUUGUUCAUGAUUGCGCAGAUAUAUUUUUGGAAGCAGCUAAAAUGACUAAAUAUGCAAGCUAUCAAAAAUUAUGUGAUACAAUUUUUGCAAUAUUUACUGUAAUUUGGAUAAUAACAAGACUUGGAUUUUAUCCAAGAAUUAUUUAUAGUUCAUCAGUUGAGGCACCAAGAAUUUUACCAAUGUUCCCAGCAUAUUACAUAUUUAAUAGUUUAUUAAUAAUGUUACUUUUGUUGCAUAUAGCUUGGACAUAUUUAAUAUUACAAAUUGCAUACAAUGCACUAAAAGUUGGUCAAAUGGAAAAAGAUAUAAGAUCAAGUAGUAGUGAAAUAUCUGAAAGCUCUGAAAAUUCUAAAGGGCAACCAGAAUCUCCUGCAAGAUCAAAAAAUAUAAAUCAAAACCAUAAACAGGAGAAAUAGAUUUAAUUAAUUUAAUCAUCACAAUUUAUUUUAAUUACAUUUCUAUAUAAUUUUUUUUUCAAAUAGAGUGCUGGAUCUUCACUUUCAUUCCGAGCAAAUUUACAAAUAAUACAAAAUCAAAACAAAAUAAAAAAAGUAUGAUUAACUAGUUUGAACUUUUAAGAUUUUAUAAUAUAAUAUAAAUAUAUAUACGUAAGAUGCAUAUAUGUAACAUUAUUAACUCUAAUACCAAGUUUCGUUAUUUUGCUGUAUAUCAAUAUAUGAUGCAUUUUGAAAAAAAAUUCACAUUUGAAAAUAAAUAAUUUAUUUUUUUUGUUUUUAAUGAAAAAAAAAUAUUUACAUGUUAAGCGAGUCAAAUAAAGUGUUUCAGUAAAUUCAUAUAAUUUUUA